AUGCUUACAUGUGCAUGUUGCGAGAGGAGGGCAAGCCAUCGUCUACUCGCAAGUCGCUGCUGGAGGCUAUUACUUUUUGCCGACAAGCCUCGAGUGCAGGCUUCUCCUUUUGCCGUAGAGGAGCUCAGCAAGUUGCAUCGAAUAUUGUUUGAGGACCCUGAGCCCUGGAAUCAACUCAUGGCCGGAUCCCUGUUAUUUUGUGUGUACUCCCGCGCCCGAUGGGAAGAUUUGGAGCAUGCUGACCGCCUCAUAAUCGAUAGGGCCGAUGAUGGCAUGGCUGCGUACAUCGAAGCAUCGGUCGGGGUGCACAAGACGAUGGGUGCAAAGAUUAUGAAAGGGCAACUUUUGCCUCUGGUUGCACCGGCUGUUGGGGUGGUAGAUGGCAACUGGGUCGAGCAGUACGUCAAGGUACGCGGCCGCUUGGGUUUGCAGGAACCCCCCCACAGCCCUGUUAUGCCGGCCCCCGACCGACAAGGGAUGCCAACGAUUAGAAGCUUGGAUUCGGAUGAGGCUGGGGACUGGGCCCGACUGCUCUUGUAUGGAAGCAAGGAGGUUCGCCCGGAGCGUCGUGUCUCGAGUCAUUCUUGCAAGUGCACGUGCAUCAGCUUUGCGACGAAGUUCGGGCCUAGCCCUGAGGAAUUGCUUUUGCUGGGAUAUCAUACUGGUGACUUUAAGAUGCCUUUGACAUAUGGUCGGGAUUCUGCUGCGCCUACUUUGAUUCUGCUUAAUAGAGUUCUCCUCGCCAUCCGACAGGGAACUUUCAAGCCUGAUUGCACCAGGAGCGGCCGAUUCGUGAAGCCUUGCUCAGGAGAUGGUUCCCUAGUGGCGGGGAUGGCAGGGCAGGGAGUGAAGACGUUCAGGUCUUUGGCCUUUGCUCUGGGCACGCCCCAGACCCCGCCGACGGAACUCGCCUUUGCUGAUUUGACAAAGAAGGUCUUCGGCUCGGGUGACGGGGAUCCUACAGUGGGUGAGCUUUCUUGCAUUCGCCAGCUGCAUUUCGAAGCAUCCACACUUGUCAUUCAGACAUACAGGGACAUGGUGAGUCAUGAGUCAACGGAUGGAGCACCGAUGAGGAAGCUCCCGCUGCCUGAGAAGAGAGUCCGUAAAGAGUCUCAGCAGGCGCGUCUGGCAGGUUUGGAGUUGGAAGGAGAGCUGGAUCCAGCUUAUCAGUUGGUCGAUGCUUGCAACCACCAGCUCGAGCACUCUGUCAUUUAUUGGUUGGCCCCAUCUAAGUGUCCUAAGAGAGAGCUUGAAGUCAUUGCUGGGUUCAAGGAGAAACCUAGCGUGCUGCAAGUUGAACAGAAUACGGUGAAGCUCGGAGGACCCAGCACCACGAUCGAGUGCGAUGCUUCUGAUGCUUUGAGGUGUCAGUGGGCCUGGCAGCGUAGGGGAUUGGCGUACGAUCAGUGUCGCAUGAUUUCGUACAACGUUCAUCAAAAGUGGGUGCAGAAGCUGCUUGAUUGUCUUUCGAUAGUUCCGCCACCGAACUUUGCAGCAGUGACCCUCUCGCAAUGUGUGCGGGCAGACAAGGAGAUGUUUCUUUUGAUGUCGCAGGAGGGCCUUGCAUCUUUCAAACAAGACGCUUCGGGGAAACUUCCUUUGGAUGCAGUCAUGAGCCGUUUGAUGCAUGAUCAGCGCAUCUGUCAGUUUUUGCUCCCUAUGCAGAAAACUCAGGUGCAGAGGGUCCCGGGCGUGCCGUUUAAGGAUACUGAGAAGCCGGGACCUCCGGAUGGUCCUCCACCCAAGGUCCCGCGAGUUGCCACUGAGAAGGCGAAGGCUAAGGCGAAGGCUCGUGGUGGUCCAAAGAACAAGCCGGCGAGUCUUGCGCAGUACGAGACCCGGACCAAGUUUGGUAAUGCAUGCUGGGGUUUUAAUCUGGAGGAUGGUUGCAGCAAUAAGACUGAGAAGGAUCCGAAGUCAGGUUGGAUGAAGUGUGAGAAAGGGCUGCACGUUUGCGCGGCGUGUCACAAGCCGGGGCAUUCCGUCCUUACGUGCAAGUCAGCAAAGAAGGCGGAGGAGACACCUAACCGACCUGCCUCAUCCGAGGCUCUGGCUCGAGAGCUCCUACGCAUAACCCGCUUCGAUGCUGCCAGCUGUCUUCGCUUGUUGGACUUGGUACCUAAGGAUAAGUCUUUGAGGACUUCUCAAGCUCAGACCUCAGAGGGUGGAAAGCUUGGUUUCGGCUUUUAUGUUCGCGCAGGGGAGGCCUGUGUGUUCAACAGCUGUUCCAACAUGCCGAUGGUCUGCCGCUACUUGACAUCUCUUGUUCGUGUAGUUGAUCCGACGUUCGAGUUUGGAGCCUUACAGCUUCUUUUCAAUGUCCAGUCGGGUUUUCAUCUUGACAAGUUCAAUGAAAAGGGUUCGCUCAACUUGAUCAUUCCGCUGACCGACUUCGUUGGCGGCCAGGUAUGGACUCGCGAUGAAUCUGGCGAUGUCACUUACGACCAUAGUGGGGCUAGUCUCAGGGGUCGCUUGAUGGAUGUUGCAUCAGGCCCAGUCAAGCUUGAUCCGUCGGUGCACCAUGCAGUCAUGCCUUGGCAAGGAAAUAGGACAGUCCUUAUCGCAUACAUGCCGUCGUUCUCGGAGCGGCUUCCCACCGAGAGUCGAUCUCUCCUAUCUGAGCUGGGAUUUGUUUUCCGCAAUCUCAAUUCAGGUGCCACUGUCAAGCUCCGUGACAUUCGCAUGGUCACUCAGGGCCCUCCUGCUCCAGGAUCUACGCGGCCCCUGUCGGCCGAGGUACCGCUUGUUCUUGAGCUGUGCUCUGGGCACGCAGUGUUAUCUCGGGUUGCUGAGAAUUUGGGUUUUCAGGCCUUGUCGAUUGAUAACAAUUCUUCCAGGGCUCCUGGAAAAGAGAUCAUGCGCCUUGAUCUCGCUGACGCUGAUAAUAUCGAUUACCUCUGUGAGCUAGUUGAGUCCGAACGGAGUCGGAUUGCAUUGAUUUUCAUUUCGCUUCCUUCAGGAACUGCAAGUGUUCAUCGGGGCAAGCACAUUGAAAAGUGGGUUCGCCAAGGUUUCCAGUUGCCUUCUGCUCUUCGGAGUUCUGACUACCCCGAUAUGUUGCCCGGGCUCUCUGGGUCUGACCGCCGCCGAGUGGAAGAGGCUAACCAACUGUACUUUGAGGUCGGGCGCCUGGUUCAAUUUGCUUGUUCCUUAGGACUCCUUGUGGCUCUUGAGAACCCUGACACCUCGCUCUUUUGGCAAACUUCUUUCUUUCGUGGUAUUGAACAAAUUGCCAAGGGCUUUUUGACACGUUUCCAUUUGUGCUGUCAUGGUGGUGAGCGGCCACGUCUCUUGCGAUUAUGGGCUUCUCAGGAUGUGUUCGCCCCUCUGGAGGCUAGGUGCGAUGGCUCGCAUCAGCAUCUUCCUUGGAAACCCCGUCUCGUGGGGCGCCAACUGCGCUUUACUACGGCUGAUGAGUCCAUUUAUCCGACCGCCCUGUGCCAUCGGUUGCUGUCUCUGGUGGCGGUGCAUUGUGGUUUGCCGCUUCACCUGCCAGAGUCGGCUUCUGGCAUCCCACUCAGUCAUAAAGCUACCAGGAUUGCAUUAGGCAUUCAGCCACGUGGCAAUGCGUUCGGUCCCCUCGUGGCUGAGUUUUCGCAUUUUCUUUCAUGCUUUUGUCCUUCGUCGAAGCCGCAUCUUGCCGAUGCUUAUUUGGCACAGCUGCCUAAAGGUUCUCGCAUGGUCCGUAGGCAGGUUUUGAGGUCGGGGGAAUCUCAGGCCGUCGAACAUUGCGAGCAUUGCAUCUUUCUUGAAGUGAACGAUCGGAGAUCGCAAAGCGGUGUGUUGCCAUCGGUUGAGCUUUGCAGCAUAAGCAUCCCUUGCGAGCCGGAUGAAUUCAUAAGAAGGGCCGUAGAAGUGGGUCACCCUCGCAGUCUUGAUUUUCACCUGGAGGAGGAAGUCAGUAAGGCCGUACGAUCCAACUUUGUGGACGAUGCAUCGGAGCUGGCUCGCUUUAGGAUUUCCUUUGUCAAGAAGUGGAGUGCACGUGCCCAGGAGCUUCAACCAGCUGAGGAUAAACUUCAUUCUGACAUGCCAGAUUAUUUGUCCGAGGUGCUUCGUGGCAAGCGGCUCUUGUUAUUCAAAGAGAUGAUGACAGCUGCGGGCUGCAGUGAUGAACACUUGUUCCGGGACAUUGCUUCGGGUUUUCGGAUUUCAGGGUGGGUGCCUGUGACAGGUAAUACGGCUCCCAAGGUCCGGGCUCCAAAGAUGUCUUCCACCUCUCUUAGGUUGUUGGCCCCGGGUUUAAAUAAAACUGUCUUUUCCUCCAAGCUUGCUAGACGACAGGACGAGGAGCUUGAGCAGACAGUUUGGGCCGAAACUCAAAGGGAGAUUGACUCCUGUUGGGUUUGGGUCGCCACCGAAUUCUCAGGCCGUAGCAUCACCAUGCGCUUUGGCAUUCGCCAGGGAGGCAAAGUAAGGUUGAUAGACGACUGCACCAUCUCUUGCUUGAGCCUUACCGUGGGCUUGAGGGAGAGGUUCGAAUUGCACACGAUAGACAAGCUUGCCGCAGUUCUUUCCUGUGCUUUAGAAUGGGCCCCUGCCGGCCAUCUGAAUCACUGGGUUGGAAGAAAUUAUGAUCUCAAGUCUGCCUACAAACAGUAUGGCAUUCAUCCAGAUGACCGAGAUCUGGUUCGCAUUGCCAUCAAUCGGCCUGGGCAAGAUUCGCCGGAGAUUCUGGGCUUGAACGCCCUCCCCUUCGGCUCUGUUGCUUCUGUUAGUGCUUUCCUCAGGGUUUCGUAUGCCGUUUGGAAAAUCGGUAUUGUCCUGGCCCGAGUGCUGUGGACUGCAUACUUUGAUGACUUCACGAAUGUUUGUAGGUCUCUCCUGAAGGAUACCACGGCUUGGGCCAUCGAAAGCUUGUUUGACCUUUUGGGCAUCUCUUUUGACAGGUCAGGUCGCAAGGCUGUGCAGCAUGCUGCAGUUUUCGGUACGCUUGGUCUGCAAGUAGAUUUGUCCCACUCAGCAGAGCGCCGGGUGCUCAUUGGUCACACAGAAAAGCGGAAAGAUGAGCUUGUGGAAUCCUUGAAUGGCAUAAUGGAUGCCGGGAGCCUUGAGCCUAGAUCUUUCGAACGCCUUCGUGGGCGCAUGGUCCUCUUUGUCAGCAAUCAGGCUAUGCGCACUUUGGCGCGUGCAAGCAAAUCCAGUGUCACUUUCGAGUUGGGCUUGAGGCAUAAAGCUGCGCUUCAGGUUCUUCUUGACCGUGUAUCCUCCUCAGCUCCUUUGAUUGUUCAGCCGCGUAUCAGGUCCACUUGGAUCCUUUUCACUGACGGAGCUUGUGAGCCAGAGCGACAGUGGGGAGGUAUAGGGGGGGUUCUUAUCUCCCCGAACGGAUCUUGUGCAGGAUACUUUGGAGAGGAAGUGCCGUCUUCCCUUAUGCAUGAUCUUCUCGCUGCUUCGAAGAAUCCGAUCUUUGAGCUCGAGCUUGCUCCUUUGCUCAUCGCGUAUGAGCUCUGGGGUAACUUGUUUGAGGGAUCACAGCUGGUGUGUUAUCUUGACAACGAGGGCGCGCGGCACUCUUGCAUCCGUUGCUUUGCUGACUCAUCUGAGCCAUCGGAUUUGUGGGUGCAGAAGAUUCUUGAGCUCGAGAUGCAGUCUCGAGUGCAUGUGUGGUACGGCCGCGUACCCACUUCCUCGAACAUUGCCGAUGGUCCUUCGCGGCUGACCUUUGGUGCAAAUAAGAACCCCUUCUUUCUCGACUUUAAGACUUUGGUGGCAGAGGCCCAGGCUACAGUCUUCACGGACCCCGCCAGAAUUUCGGAUGACAAUUACACCAGACCCUUCAUCCUCGCCGGGUCGAAGCUCAUCUCUGUGCUGACGUCUGCGUCUGAUGAAAGCAGCCUUAUGCCCCCGACUAUGGGGCGUUGGAAAACUUCUUUCCCAGCGGCCAAGCAAUUCCAGAGCCAUGGUGCAGUCAUUGCACCAGUGAUGAAAGCGAAAUCCGAAGAUCCUGCUCUGCUGCAGCUGAUUUCCAAGCUGCUGCCAGACAGCAUCAACAACGAGUUUCCUCGCUUUGCUGCUGCAGUGGGUACUUGGUUUUUUUAUGGAGAGAGUGACAUGUUCAUCUGCACAGAUUUCGAGAGUGAGCUAAUCGGCGGAUUGAGGGUCCAACUUGGCGGUGAGACCCAGUUCUAUGGAAUGCCGGUGACAGCCAUUGUGGACGUGUGCAAUGCAACCAAGAUGAAGGCUGCUGACAUCAAGGGCUUCCUUGCAGAGAUGACUCCGGAUCGUUUGGCUACCAUUGCGGAGAGGGCGCUCCCCUUCGUGCAUGGAAGCCUUCAGCCCAACUCGGCAUUGGUGGUGCCGACAGGGUGGGUCAUGAGCUAUGCCAGCUAUGCGACGGUUGGUGAUGGAGAAGCCUCUUAUGUGUAUGGGUUGCGCAAAGGGUUCUUGUUGCGCAAAGGCUUGGAAGAGAGCAAAAAGCAGUUCCAGAUGUUGCUGGCGAAAGAGAUCGGUGGAACUGCAAAUACAUCCUGGUUGCAGUUCUUGCAGACGCUUGCCGAUGUUGAGCUCAAGGGCAAUCCUGCCCUGACUCCGGUGAAAGCGGAUUGCCCCACCAGCUGA